AUUAGAAUUGAAGUAACUUUAUUUUAUUCCAUCUCACCUCAAAAAGAUUUAAAGAAGCAUUACACUAUAAGAGAAGCUUAGGCUAAGGUACUUAGGUGUGUCCCCCCACAUGCUCUCAUAUACUUCUCCUUUCACACUUUUGUCUUCCAUGGAAGAAUCGGACGACCACAUUCCGACGAAUAAAUAUCAGGCAACCACAACCGCCGUCUCGCCGCCGUCAAAUUCGUCAAACGCGGCGGCGGAGAAGAAGAAGAAGAAGAAUGACGACGGGAAACACCCAAUCUACCGCGGCGUGCGGAAGCGGAGCUGGGGGAGAUGGGUGUCGGAAAUUCGCGAGCCGAGGAAGAAGUCGAGAAUCUGGCUGGGAACAUUCGCCACGGCGGAAAUGGCGGCUCGGGCUCACGACGUAGCCGCCAUAGCCAUUAAGGGCUCCUCGGCUGUCCUUAAUUUCCCCGAGUUAGCCGCCAAGCUCCCCCGCCCGGCUUCCAAGUCCGCCAAGGACGUCCAAGCCGCCGCCGCGAAAGCCGCUGCCCUCGACUACCCGCCGGAACCGCCCACGCCUAGCCAAGCCGAACCCGAAUCCGAGCCAUUCUCCCCCGAGGAAACCGCAACAUCCGAAUCCUCGUCGGAAUCUCCGUCGAGCUUCAACGAGGACCCGUUUCUCGACUUGCCGGAUCUUCUCUUCAACCCGGCCCACCGAGCCGCCGCCGAGUUCGGCUACACUUCGCCAUGGCUCCAGCUGGCUGGAUUCGAGCCGUUUCACGCUGAUAUUUGGUCUGAAGAGAAUUUUCUGUGGAAUUACAGCUAAAAAGCAGCCGCCUUUUUAGCACAGCUAGCUCAAGCUGGUGAUUCUCCACUGGUAAAUCUGCAUGGCUUAAAGAGUGAUUAAUUAAUAUUCUUACUGUAAUUAAUCGCAGUAAAACAUUAAGUUUUCUCUUACAAAAUCUUUGGAUUUACCUGUGGGAAAAAGUUACCCGAGGUAAAUGACAAGAACGAAAAUUUUCAUGUAAAUUAUUAAAGCGGAAUAAAACAUUCUCUUAGGCACUGUUUGGAUUGAAUUUA